AUGUUUCGCUUCCGAACCUCGACUUCAUCUCCCUCAUCUCCCCUCUGCACGCCUCGCAAGACCUCCCACUCGGGUCUCGUCUCGAGCGCUUCGACUUCAUCCGAAUUAUCCACCGCGAGCUCUGUUCCCUCGAGUGCCAGCAGCAACAGUGUCCUGUCGCUCCUGCAGGCUCGCUCCUCUGUAUCCGCUUCGUCCUCUCUCGCAUCCGCCCUCUCCCCGGCUACCUCUUUUGCCUCUUUGCCGUCUGAACCCUUUCUCACGGCAGAGCCCUGUCCCACCUCGGUGCUGUCCGCUCAUACCUCGGAGCCCAAGAAAGCAACCGCGAGUCCCGCACGACCCUCCACUUCCUCUCGCAACCGCAACGCUCUGCUUGUCACUUCUCCACGUACCUCGAAAGCUACCACCACAAUCACCGUCCGUCCCUGUAUCACUACGGCAAGCCGCCGCUCCACCAUCUCGCCAGCAACGACAGAGCAUCGCAGCUCGAACACAACCACAAUGGCCAAGAAGGCCAAGGUUGGCUCAGCCGCCAAAUCCUCACCAUUUACCAAGCUCGCAGCGACCGAAAAGACAGCCGCCGACUCGACGACAGCGAUCAACGAUGUAGAGUCCAGCCUGGCGACCGUCGCCGAAGAUGAGGUCGCUGCAUCGAGUGUUGACGCCGUCAGGCCCGCAGUCAAAGCAGCAGAUGCAUCCUCCUCCUCGUCAUCAGAUUCGAAACAGAACGUUGUGGUCUGUGUGCGAAUGCGUCCAUCCCGCUCAUCUGACUCGGACCCAGCCGUCUGGUCCUGCGAUUCUCUCAAAAGUCAAAUCACACCCACCGAGCACCACCCAGCCAUCGCCAAACGAACCACAUCAUCCGAACGUGCCGGUGCCGUACCAACUACACAUUCGUUGCCCUCAUCUCACGAUCUCGCCUCCUCAGAAGACCCUUCUUCAUCCACAUACCACUUUCAGUUCGACAAACUCAUCAUCGGCUCCCAAACCACCGACGACAUGUACCACUCUCACAUCGCUCCCGUCGUCCGUGCUGCCAUGGAAGGGUACAACGGAACGGUAUUUGCGUACGGUCAGACUGGAAGUGGUAAAACGCACACCAUGUCUGGAAGUGGUAGCGAGCCGGGAGUCAUCCCGAGGGCGGUGGAGCAGGUAUUCCAGAUGAUCAAAGAUGAACCUGAUCGCGAGUACUUGCUGCGCGUCAGCUAUUUGGAGAUCUACAACGAGACGCUCAAAGACUUGCUAGCUCCACUUCCCACGCUGGCGGGCUCGAGCGGUGCGACGUUGCAGACGACCGAUCGACCAGCUUCACCCAUCAAAGGCGGCCCUUCGGGCUCCUCUUCGACACUUCGAAUCAUCGAAGAUCAGAAGUCGAGUAGAGUCAUCAUCACGGGACUUCGAGAGGAGAUCGUCACCGACUCCGAAACUGUUUUGUCUCUCAUUCAACGGGGUCAGGAUGAACGACACGUCGGUGCAACAGACUGGAACGAACGAUCAUCACGUUCCCACUGCGUGUUCCAGCUCACCAUCGAAUCACGUUCCCGCACCUUAACGGAGGGGAAAGAGGUUCGAAUCAGUCAACUCAACCUCAUCGAUCUCGCAGGAAGCGAACGUGCAGCCUCGCAAGCAGAGAGACGCAAAGAAGGUGCUUUCAUCAACAAAUCCCUCCUCACGCUCGGAACGGUCAUCGGAAAACUCACAGAACCUUCCGAAACCGGUACCGGCGACGCACACAUUCCAUAUCGCGAUUCCAAGUUGACCCGAAUCCUACAAACUUCCCUCUCCGGAAACGCGCGGAUCGCAGUGAUCUGCACCCUCAGCCCCGAUAUGGAACACGCCAACGAGACGCUGUCGACGUUGAAGUUCGGCAAGAGGUGCAAGUUGGUCGUCACGACGGCAAAGAAGGGCAUGGAGAGGGACGAUAAAGCGUUGCUGCAAAAGUACAGGAAGGAGCUGGAUGCAUUGAGAGCAAAGUUGGAGGCGAACGGUACGAGUCCUACCCUCGGGGCGGGGUCGAUGGAGGUAUCGAAGGAGUCGCAGCAGAAAUUGGACGAGCUCAACCAGCAGAAAGAGGCAGCGAAGAAGGAGGUGGAGGAUAUGCAGAAGAAGCGGAGCGAUCUCAAGGGGCAGAUCGAACACCUGACGAAGCUCAUCCUGACGAGUCAGAGCGUCGCCUCUGACGACGCUGCGGCAGCAGGUCCAAGUACGCCACUUCGCAAAAGUGCGCACGCUUCAGCGUUGGCACGUCGAGGUCCCAGAAUGAGCGAUUUUGGCGGCUCCGCAUUCAACAGCCCUGUCACGAGCGGUCCUCUCUUCUCCACCGACUCGACGCUGAGCGGCGCCAAGCCGUUCGAACUGGAAGCGGAGCUCGCUGCGCUCCGUCGACAGCUACGCCAACAAGUCGAAUCGCGCACCACCCUCAUCGCAGAGCACACCGCCGAGCUGGCCGCACGAGAUGCGCGCCAAGCCGAACUGCAGGAUGCCAUCAAGCUCAACGAAGAAGAACUCGACGAGGCAGAGGUGGCAUACGACAAGCUCAAGGCCGAACGAGACGAAGCGCGAAGCAUCGCACUCAAGGAGCAGGACAAGGCGAGGGAGAACCGCAAAAAAUUGCUCGAGGAACAGGAGGCGAAUCGAUUGCUCAAGCUGGUGGCGAAGGCGAGGGCUGGUGAGGAGGAUAAAGCGUUGCAGGCGCAGAUCGAAAAGUUGAGGGCGGAGUUGAGCGCGAAAGAGGAGCAGGCGGAACAAGUGAAGAGGAGGCUGGAGGAGGAAGUGAGAGAAGCUAGAAAGUUGAUUGCGGAGGAACAAGCUGCGAGGGCAAAGGCGGAGGAAGAGGUGGGUGAGGUGAAAGAGGCGAAACAGGCUCUGCAAGUCGAACUGGACCAGGCCAUGGCUUCCGUGUCCGAGUUGAAGGAGAAGCAUUCCUCGCCUUCAAACGACGAUGACGAUGACGACGACGUCAACACCGAGUUCCAAAACCUCGUUCGGCGCGCAUCCCAACCGCGCCUCGACCUCACCGCCGAGCUCAAGCUCCGCGAAUCCGAGCUGCAAGACCGCCAAGCCCAGCUCGACCAUCUCCGCACCGAACUCGAACAAACGCGUCUCGAACUGGCAUCCAAACCAGACUCCACCCGAGAACUCGCUUCCCUCCGGGACGAACUCGGUCAAUCCGAAGAAGAGCGUCGUUGCUUGCAGGUCGAGCUGGCCAAACUCCGCGCCACCGCCUCUGGUCGCGAACAAGAUUCGCAAAAGGUAUCGUUGCUCGAAGGGGAGCUAUCGCGAGCCAACGAAAAGAUCGCCGAGUUGGAGAAGGAGGUGGUGGCAGAGAAGGCGAAGGCUGCGGAAGCGAUGAAGAAGGCUGUGGUUCGACCGCUGCCUGUGCCGCAAGGUGCGCAGGCGGGAUCGGUGCCCAAUUCGCCCAUCAAGACCCUUGCUGGCGGAUCGAAGCUGCGUCCCGGUGCGACGACUCCCCUCAGCUCGGGAAGCCUCAACCGAGCAGGAUCCGUCAAGGAAUAUCGACGCUACCAGGCAGGCACCGACACCUCUUCCCCCACCCCGCCUUCGCCCAGUCCUGCCUCCGGUUCGCGCAGCGUCAUCCUCGGCCACACGUCGACCUUCUCCUCCUCCUCCAGUCCCGCUUCGCGGAACGCACUCCUCACCACCGCUUCCUCCACCGCAGCGCUAUCCAACAAGGCCGAACGUGAAGAGAUCGAUCGUCUCAACGCCGUGAUCGCCUCGCAACGCGCCAUCAUGUCCGACCUGGAGAAAUCGGUGGCGUCGUGGAAGGAGAGGAUGAAGACGCAAGCCGAACUCAUCCACAAACUUGUCCUCCAAAACAGCAACUCUCCUCCCACGUCCGAUGGUGAAGUUGAAGAAGCGGUUCCCACCACACCACGUAGGAAAAUCGCCUUCGCUCCUGCUGUGGAAGUACAGCAUUCACUACCCCGAACAACCCACCUCUCCCUCGCGCACCCCGACGCUCCGUACUACGGCGCCCACACCUUCAAUCGUCCCCCCUCAUCCAUUUCUCCGGUCAAACCACUGUCGAACAACUUCACCUCCAACACCUGGUCUUCCUCCUCCUCCUCCCCGCACCCACUACCGAUUCCAACAACGAUUGAUUCCUCCCCCUCCAAACGCAAGCCGCGCAAGACCAUCGAGAUGGACCUCAAACUCCUCAACAGCAGCCCACGCGUCGAAUCGAGCAAGAACAGGUUCACCGUCGACGAUCGUGCACCCGACACUCCUACCAGGAGAAGAACCAAUGCUUCCGCUUACUACAUCUAG